UACCACCACCCGUCACGGGCGCCACGGUGGAGGAAACGAUAAGCUGAUAAGGUGACAGCACAGUAGCCAGCAAGCAGCUCAGCUUCUCAAGCUCCCGGCGCGCCUGCACCCGACCGAUCGAGACCUGACGAGAAGAAACGAAACCAUGGCGAGAGCCUGCGGACCCACGUUGAGGCUGCGGCUGCGGCUGCGGCUACCGCCGAACCCGAUCACGCCGCGGCUCCCGAGCUGCAGGACGACGACGACCCACGGCGGCAGGUGCAGAGGCUUCGCCGCUCGCGCGCGGCGGCCGGCGGGUCGCCGCCGGGACGAUCAGCCUCCCGGGGAGGGGGAGCCACCGAAGCAGGCGGAGAUCACGCAGAGCCUCAGGAGGAGCCGCCGGAGGGGGCAGGGGCCGCGGCAGAGCCUGGUGUCCGUCGGGACGUCGUGCGGCGGAGGGGAUCAGUGGAGCAGCGACUUCGACCUGACCCUGCGGCAGCUGCACCUGGACGACCUCAUCGAAGACGGCCAGAACGACGCCGACGUCCUGGUGCACCUCCUAGUUCAGCAGCAUACUCAGUUUGGAAUGUCAAUCAAAGGGAGAGUUGUCACGUCGUUCAGCAAAAUAUGCGACUCCUGCUCCUCGCCCUACCUCACGAAGAUUGAUGAGAAGUUCAACCUCACGGUACUGUCCUCAACCAGGAAAGAACAGAGUGGGUUGCCUGACAUUGGAGACAGUGAUCCGUCGGUUAUCUAUGUGAGACCAGGUGCAGAGAUUGAUCUUGACUCCGUGAUCCAAGAGACCAUAAGGCUAACAGCAUCAGCUAAGAGUUCAUGCUCGGAGGCGUGCGAAAAAUCCACAGUCGUAUGGCAAUAUGGUGGCGACCAGAAGAAGCGGUACAGCCAACGGUGGUCAAAACUUCUCGACCUGAAGAAAACUCUGGAUAAGGCGGCUAACUGAAACUGCGCACAUACGAAGUGCCAUCGCAAACCUCUUAGAACGAUUCAUCAUACAGCAGCAGAUGCUACUAUCAAAAUGACGUAGCAGUAAUUUGCUCAACCAAGGAAGGUCGUUGGUCGAUCGAAUAAAGGCGCAAGCUGCAUUGAAAGUUUGCAGCUCACUGGCUCUUAUGAUCUGAUCAUGUGAAUCCUCUAUGUGUAGACCUGUGCGAUGUAUAUACAAGAAUCACGAUUGGCAUACUAAAGUCUGUAAAUUUUAGGGGGGAUUAAUAAUAAGAUUUCUGUAUUAGCAGUUGCUACUGUAAUUUGCUAUGCUGUUUAACAAUCAACCAAAUUUGGGCCG